UUUAUUUUGAUAAUUCCAUUAAAAGCAAUAACCAACACACACAUUCAAAACCCAGAGGCGGAAGAAGAAACAAACCUUACAGACGGAAAAGCCGAAACGAAAACUGUGAAUACCGAAGGAGUUUGGAGAUGCGUUGUAGCCAUGGAUUCGUCAUACCGGGAACCGACUCUCGCUUCCUCUACCCUCCAAUCAACACGCCUGAUUCAUAUCUUCGUUUUCCCCGGGUCCAUUACCCGACCCGUAUGCCCUUCCGAUCUGUCAAAACCACCGCUAACAUUAACAACAGGUUCGUCAACGAUGAGUUGAGCUUCUACGAGCUUCUCGGCAUACCUGAGUCAGGGACUUUGCCUGAGAUCAAGCAGGCAUACAAGCAGCUUGCCCGCAAGUAUCACCCCGAUGUGUCGCCUCCGGAUCGGGUCGGGGAGUACACCGAGCGCUUCAUUCGAGUCCAGGAGGCGUACGAGACUCUCUCGGAUCCGAGGAGGAGAGCUCUUUACGAUAGGGACAUGGCCAGUGGGCUUCACUUAGCGUUUUCCGCUAGGCGACGCCACCGAUACGAUCAGGAAAUCGAGGACAGGACAGAGUGGAAGAAUUGCUGGCAGGUGCAGCUAUCUGAGCUGAAGAGAAGAAGCAUGAACAAGGAUGCAAGAGGAAACAUGUCGUGGGCUGCUAGAAUGCGCAGCCAGCGGGAGGAAAUGUCUGAUGAGACAUAGACUCUGCAUUCGUUCUCUCAUAUGUAUGUAGAUAUAUACAUAUAUAUAUAUAUAUAUAUACAUAUGCUCCUACCUGAUGAUGGGGUUUUUGCGUUGCGGUGUUGCAUACUCAUCUUGCUGCUCCAUACAUGCUUUGCUGCUCUAUACAUGAUUUUGAAUGAGGAAUGUGCUUGGGGAAGUAGCAUGGUUGCUUGAUUGGUAGAGCAGAGGAGCUGUUUGAGAAGGGUAAUUAAAGGGUUAUCUAAAAUAGGAAGUUGUAUAGUUUACCAGUCCAUAUUGUAAAUAACUUUCAUAAGUAAGAUCCUUUCUUUUGGUAAUACCAACUUCGGUACUCUGUUUUUUGUGCGUGUGUGUGUGUGUGUGUGUGUGUGUAUAUGUAUGUAUAUGUUUGUACGUGUUUAAAAAUUAUGCUCACGUGGAAAAGUCUUUCAUUA